AUGGAGCUCGCCCGGCGGCUGCUGGCGCUGGCGUUGCUGGCGCUGCCCGCCUCCCUGGCCGGUCAAGCAGGUGGCGGGCGCGUGUCCGACGGGCGCCGCCACGUGGUAAGGUGCCUCCCGUGGCCCGCUUGCCCGCCCGACUGGGACCGGGCGGCGGACACCGGGCAGGGAGGGGCAGGCGCGGACGCGGCGCCGGGCUGGAGGGGCGAGCCGAAGUCCGUCCGGUCGAGCGCCUCCCCCGCCCCAAGCGCCAACAGGCAGCGCUUGUCCGGGUUGGAGAGGGAAGGGAAGGGACGGCAGCGGCUGCGAAGCGUCGAGGCAGACGGAGAGCUGGGCUCGCAGCGGCCGCCUCGCCUGCCCAACCCUCCCCGCUGCGGCGCGGCGCUGGCCAGACAGGGCGGCCUUUGUGCGGCGGGAACAGAGGCCGAGUGUGCGGUGCGCUGCCUCCCGGGCGGGGCUUGUUUGCCUUUGGGCGGCGGCCCGAAAAAACUCCGUGGCGGCCGCGUCCCCCCUCCCCAUGCCAGGCAAGCAAUGCCUUCCAUCCACGCGCCGCUUUCUCCGGGACUCUGCUUUGCCCGCAUUGAGCCGGCGCCCCACUUGGCUCUUUUGCCUUUCGGGGAUCCCCCUCCUGGCACCCGCCCACCUGCACCUCCCACCCACCCCCAGCCCCUCUCGGAGAAGCGAAUCCGCAUCCCACCCUCAAGCAUCCCGGGCCCUCCCUCGAGGACGGCUUCUGAGCCGGUGGUCGAUGUCCUGAUGGCGCUGCAGCUGCAGAAGGAGCCCGAGGGGGUCCGCAGGACGCCGGGCUUCUGCCCACAGAGGCGUGGGGGGUCCGGGCCGGAGGCAGCCUUCCGGAUCUCCAGACGGGCCCAGAUCAGUGCCCCAACGCGGCAGCUCUUCGCAGGUGAGUUCCCCGAGGACUUCUCGGUGAUGGCGCUGCUGAAGGCCAAGCCGGGCCGCCCCGUCUUCCUGCUCUCCCUCUACGACCGGCACGGCGUGCAACAACUGGGCAUCGAGCUCGGCCGCUCCCCCCAAUUCCUCUACCGCGACCAGAAUGGCCGCCCUGCCCCUGAGGACUAUCCGGUCUUCCGCGGGGCCAACCUGACCGACGGCAGGUGGCAUCGGGUGGCACUCAGCGUGAAGAAGAAGCAGGUGACGCUAUUCCUGGACUGCAAGAAGAGAGCCACCCUGCCCCUCCCCCGGGGGAACAAGCCCCUGCUGGACACCAAGGGCAUCACCAUCUUCGGGGCCCGGAUCCUGGACGAGGGGGUCUUUGAGGGAGAUAUCCAGCAGCUGCUGAUCAGCUCCAGCCCCCAGGCUGCCCACGACUACUGCCCAGAUUGCGGGGGGCCCCCACAGAAGCCCCAAGCCCAGGAAGCUCAGCAGAGGCCCCCCAGGCCUGAGACGCCGGCCAAGUCAAAGCCCCCCACCAACGCCAAGGCCAAGCAGCCCCAGAAGCGCCAGCUGCCCGGCCCUUCGCCCAUCGCCCUGAAGACGGAUGCCCCGAAGGGAAAACGGCCCACGAGCGACGGGAAAGCACUCAGCAACGGGAAGACCUCGGCUGCCGGAAAGACCCCCAAGGCCAACAGUCCCAGUGCCAAGGUGACCUUGGCCAGCAAGGCCUCUGCAGGGAAGAAGGCAGGGGCCUCGGCCCAGGCAGCCCGGGGGCCACGAAGCAGCUACCAGCAGGACGCGGGUCCUCUUCCCACUGAGCAGCCCCGGGGGGCCCCCCAGCGCACCAGCCGCCCCCCACCUCCUGAGGCUACCUCCCAGAACAGGGUCCCCACACGGGAGGCCUCACCUCCUCCCCUUCCAGCACCACGGGUGGAGGAGGAGGCGGCGGAGGAGGAGGAGGAGGGUCUCGUGCCCGGCGUGGGUCUGGACCAUGGAGACGGCGACCUCAACCCUGGCGAGAUGGGCCCCCUGCUCUCAGCCCAGGCCCCCUACGAGGCCGUCGCAGUUCUCGGAGCCCGAGGCCUGAAGGGAGAGAAAGGGGAACCGGCUGUCUUUGAACCUGGGAUGAUCGUGGCCGGCCGCCCUGGUCCCGAAGGACCCCAGGGCCUGAGUGGGCCGCCCGGCACCCAGGGGACUCCCGGACCUCCUGGCGACCCCGGAGAGCGGGGUCCCCCUGGACGGGCCGGAUUCCCGGGGUCAGAUGGACGUCCAGGGCCCCCCGGCUCCUCCAUGAUGCUUCCGUUCCGUUUCGGGAGCCCCACGGGGGGCCAGAAGGGGCCGGUCGCGAUGGCCCAGGAGGCCCAGGCCCAGGCGUUCCUGCAGCAGGCCCGCCUGGCCUUGCGUGGCCCUCCAGGACCGAUGGGGUACACCGGCCGCCCAGGACCCAUGGGUGAAGCUGGAGCCUCCGGCGUGAAGGGAGAGCCCGGAGACUUUGGGACCCAGGGGCCCCAGGGACAACAGGGACUGAGUGGCCCCCCAGGGAAGGCUGGCCGUCGCGGCAGGGCCGGCGCAGACGGCGCACGGGGGAUGCCUGGGGUGUCGGGCCCCAAGGGCGACCGGGGCUUUGAUGGGCUGCCCGGCCUUCCGGGGGACAAAGGAUACCGGGGGGACCCUGGUGCUCAGGGGGUCGCUGGACCCCCGGGAGAAGACGGCGAGAGGGGAGACGAUGGAGAGAUCGGGCCCCGUGGCCUCCCGGGAGAACCGGGACCGAGAGGGUUGCUUGGCCCCAAAGGGCCCCCGGGCAUCCCAGGGCCACAGGGCGUGCGUGGCGUGGACGGUCCCCACGGACCGAAGGGGGGUCUGGGUCCGCAAGGGGAGCCGGGACCCCCCGGCCAGCAGGGGCUUCCUGGGACUCAGGGUCUGCCGGGACCGCAAGGCGCCAUGGGGGCCCCGGGGGAAAAGGGACCCCAAGGGAAACCAGGCCUUCCUGGGAUGCCCGGCUCGGAUGGACCCCCGGGCCACCCGGGCAAAGAGGGACUUCCUGGCACCAAAGGCAACCCGGGCCCCUCUGGCCCCCAAGGCCUGGUGGGCUAUCCGGGUCCUCGUGGAGGAAAGGGUACCGACGGCGUCCGUGGCUUGAAGGGGCAAAAGGGCGAGAAGGGCGAAGAAGGCUUCCCGGGCACCAAGGGUGAGGUGGGGCCGAAAGGCGACAGGGGUGAGUUGGGAGUCCCGGGAUCCCGUGGGGAAGACGGAGCCGAAGGCUCCAAGGGGCGGACGGGCCCCGCUGGCGACCCCGGCCCUUCCGGACUCCUGGGCGAGAAGGGCAAACUUGGGGUGCCGGGUCUCCCCGGAUAUCCCGGCCGACAAGGCCUCAAGGGUUCACAAGGUUUCCCCGGAUUUCCCGGGUCGAGCGGAGAGAAGGGGCUUCGGGGCCUUUCGGGGAAAAUGGGACCGCGAGGCGAACGAGGACCCUCCGGCCCCAGAGGACAGCGGGGGCCACGAGGAGCCACCGGGAAGUUCGGAGCCAAGGGCACCUCUGGUGGCGAAGGGCCCCCGGGGCCCCCAGGAGAACGGGGGCAACCAGGAACUCAGGGGCCAAACGGAUUCCCUGGACCUAAAGGCCCCCCGGGGCCCCCCGGGAAGGACGGGAUGCCAGGCCACCCGGGACAGCGCGGAGAAGUGGGACUGCAAGGCAAGCCUGGCUCCCCAGGCGGCCCCGGCGUCGUGGGGCCACAGGGGUCUGCGGGGGAAACCGGCCAGAUGGGGGAGAGGGGCCACUCGGGGCCCCCAGGACCUCCAGGAGAACAAGGCCUGCCAGGGCCCGCCGGGAAGGAAGGGACCAAGGGCGACCCAGGAACCAUCGGAGGCCCCGGGAAGGACGGACCCCCAGGGCUGCGGGGCUUCCCCGGAGAGCGAGGCCUUCCCGGCACGGCUGGGGGCUCUGGACUGAAAGGCAACGAGGGACCUGCCGGCCCCCCAGGACCAGCAGGAUCUCCCGGAGAGAAAGGUCCCCCAGGAUCAGGAGGCCCCGUUGGGCCCCCAGGCAGACCUGGCCCCCAGGGGCCACACGGACCGGCUGGAGAGAAGGGCCUGCCGGGUGAAAAAGGGCCCCUUGGCCCCGCUGGUCGUGACGGUGCCCAGGGCCCUAUUGGGCUGCCCGGCCCUGCAGGACCACAUGGGGGCCCGGGUGAAGAUGGUGAUAAGGGAGAAGUGGGGGACCCGGGUCGCAAAGGGCCCAAAGGCGGCAAAGGCGAGCAGGGUCCCCCUGGGCCCCCAGGGUCGCUCGGUUCUCUUGGGCAGCCGGGUGCUGCGGGUGCGGAUGGUGAGCCUGGAGCGAGGGGCUCCCAGGGCCCUUUUGGGCCGAAGGGGGACGACGGCAUCCGAGGAUUCAAUGGGGCACCAGGACCGAUUGGCUUACAGGGGCUGCCCGGACCAUCUGGGGAGAAGGGGGAGACCGGCGAUGGGGGACCCCUGGGACCCCCGGGACCCCCGGGACCACGAGGCCCAGCUGGACCCUCCGGAGCUAGCGGUCCACAAGGCCCCCCAGGAGGGAUCGGAAACGAGGGGCCGCCGGGACAAAAAGGCGAAUCAGGAGAGCAGGGGGGACCGGGAGUCCCCGGAGAGCCCGGCUCGAAGGGCCCACGGGGUGAGCAAGGAGAGAAAGGGGAAGCCGGAAGCGCUGGUGUGGCCGGACCCCCCGGAGGGAGAGGCCCCGUUGGGGACGAUGGGCCCAAGGGGAACCCGGGCCCAGUCGGCUUCCCUGGAGACCCCGGACCCCCUGGAGGAAUCGGGCCCCAGGGCCAAGACGGAGCCAAAGGCGAGCAAGGAGAAAACGGCGAACCUGGAGAGGCGGGGUCUCCAGGACCACCGGGGGAGGCUGGUCCCCCUGGGCCACUCGGGAAGAGGGGCCCCGCUGGAGCUCCAGGCCCUGAGGGACGGCAGGGCGUGAAGGGCAAGAAGGGAGAAUCGGGAGUCCUCGGGCCCCCUGGCAAAACCGGGGCCGUGGGACCCCAGGGGACCCCUGGAAAACCCGGCAUGGAGGGCUUGAGAGGCAUCCCUGGAUCUGUGGGGGCGCAAGGCAAACCAGGGGCCACGGGCCAGGCUGGGCCCCCAGGACCUACGGGCCCCCCUGGACUGCCCGGCCUGAAGGGCGAGACGGGCCCCAAAGGAGAGAAGGGCCACCCGGGACUCAUUGGCUUGAUUGGACCGGCCGGAGAGCAAGGAGACAAAGGGGACCAAGGGGCCCCUGGCCCCUCAGGGAGUGGGGGUCUUAAAGGAGAGACUGGUAUCCCUGGACCGACCGGCCCUCUUGGCCCCGCGGGGCCCCCUGGACUUCCUGGAUCUCCCGGUCCUCAGGGCGCCAAAGGAGCCACGGGUGAAGCUGGACCCAAAGGACAGCGGGGCGUUCCUGGGCCCCCUGGAAAGCCGGGUCCGCCGGGUGAGGCCAUCCAGCCGCUGCCCAUCCAGCGCCACAAGAAGAGCCGGCGCUCAGUGGAUGGAAGCCGGCUGGUGGAGGAGGAGGAGGAGGAGGAGGAGAUGGCGGCCGACGAGGCAGCGGGACAGCCGGCCUCCCGGCGCGUGGAGGAGAUCUACGGCUCCCUGGAGUCCCUCCGCCAGGAGAUCGAGGGGAUGCGGAAGCCGCUGGGCACCCAGGACAGCCCUGCCCGCACCUGCCAGGACCUCCGGCUGAGCCAGCCUGAACUGCCUGACGGCGAAUACUGGAUCGACCCCAACCAGGGCUGUUCCCGUGAUUCCUUCAAGGUCUAUUGCAACUUCACGGCCGGGGGUGAGACCUGUGUCUUCCCCAGCUGGGAGUCUCGAGAGGUGCCAAUGGCUGCGUGGGAGGAGGAGACGCCCCCAAGGUGGUUCAGCCAGUUCCAGAAGGGCCAUCGGUUCUCCUACGUGGACGCGGAGGGCCGCCCGCUGGGCGUGGUGCAGCUCUCCUUCCUGCGCCUGCUGAGCACCUCUGCGCGCCAGAACUUCACCUACCACUGCCAGCACUCGGUCGCCUGGCACAGCUCGGGGGCCCCCACCUUGGAGGGCUACCAGCGGGCCCUGCGCUUCCGGGGCGCCAACGAGGACGACCUGAGCUACGACAACAGCCCCUACAUCAAGGCCCUGGUGGACGGCUGUGCGGCACGGAAAGCAUCCGGUGAGACACUCCUGGAAGUCAACACCCCCCAAGUGGAGCACCUGCCCUUACUGGACGUGCACCUGACGGACUUUGGGGAGCCCGGGCAGCGCUUUGGCUUUGAGGUGGGGGCCGCCUGCUUCCUUGGCUAGAACGGAGACUCCAGCGCAGCCGGCAGGAGGAGGACGACCACCUUCCUGGGGCCCACCAAACAAUGGAGACCAUGGGUGGGGAGGGGUUGGGGGGGGAGGAUCAGCCAGAAGCCCGGCAACUGGAAGAUCUGUGGGGCGCAGAGACACCCAGCCAUGGAAAUGUUCUCCCUCCAAAUUCUCUCCUCUCUGUGCCCCUCCCCAAUGCUGCUGAACCCCCUUCCCUGCCAAAUCCCCCACGGGGUCCUGACCCCCCCUCCUCAGAUGGACCCCAUCCUGCUUCAGAGCUUCCUUCCAUCCAUGCUGAUGGAGACCUCUCCCCCGCAAAUAGCAGAGUCCCUAGUCAGCAAUGGACGCCACCCACUGAGCCCCACCUACUUCAGCCCUUUCCAGCCCCACUGAGGGCAACUUCAGCCUUGCCCCCCUCCCCUUGAAUUUGGUGGCAGGCUUGGAAAUGGGGUGGGCUUCCCAUCGGCCAAGGAAGCCCCUCCCCAGCCAUUUCCCUCUUCUUCCUCACCCCCCA